AUGGCUAUUACUGGACAUUUUGCUUCCGAUAAAUUUGAAAUGAAAUCGACAAUUUUAAAAUUCUUAAUAUUCGAUAGUCGCCAUUUUUCGUCUAAUAUUGGUCAAGAACUUGAAAAACAAGUUCGAGAGCUUAACAUAUUUGAUAAAAUAACAGCAAUCAUGUGUGAUGGUGUUGCGAACUUAAAAGCUGCAUUUCGAAAAUUCUCUCGUAAUAAUAUUGAACACAUCCAUUGUCUUGCUCAUAAAAUUCAUUUGAUAUUAUGUAAUGGUCUCGGCCUAUGGGUGGCACCAAAAAUUGUUAUCAACGAUGUAGAUAUUGAGGAGCAGGAGAAGAAUGGAAGUUACAAAAUUAUAUCGAGAAUUGACCAAGGAUAA